AUGCUUUCUCGUUUACUAAAGGAGCACCAAUCGAAGCAGAACGAACGAAAAGAACUUCAAGGUGAGAGGAAACGGAAGUUGUCUGACUAGCUAGCUAGCGAUACUUAAUGCUAAAACAAUACUAGUAAAUGUAGAUGGCUAGCUAAUUUGUUAGCAGCAACAUGAAGGUCGUUCUAAUUAAGUUACUUGUGAUCCUGAACCUAGACUGGAGCAAAGGCAGACAACUGUUGUAAAUGCUUGAGAUGGGACAAGUCAAUUGUGAAUUUCGUGACUAAUUGCAUGUAUAGGUAGCUAACUAGUAAAGGCCGUCCACACCAAGGACGAUAACUAGCUACAACGAUACAUUAUACAUAGCUAUAAAACGUUGGCGAGCAUCCACACUAGAGGAAAGUGUAUCGUUAUAAAGUAUCAUACACCUGUCAAUCAACUGAUCAAAACGUCCAACUGCUCGCUGUAGGCCUAUUAAUAAUGUGGUAACACAGGCCAUUCAGUGCUUCUGGGUGUGUUCAUUGUCAUAGUGACUUCUUCCUUCUUCUUUGGGGUUUAACUGCGGUCGGUAUCCAAUAUGUUGUAAUGUUAAUGUCCAAUAUGUUAUAAUAGCAAUAAGGGACCUUAUUGGGGUUUGUGGGAUAUGGCCAAUAUACCACGGUUAAGGGCUGUUCUUAUGCACGACGCAACCGGCUAAGGGCUGUAUCCAGGCACUCCGCGUUGCGUCGUGUUUAAGAACAGCCCUUAGCCGUGAUGUAUUGGCCACAUACCACACCCCCUCGGGCCUUAUUGCAUAAAUAUGCAACCCAUCAUUCAUUAGCUAAAUAAUAGGCAUAAUACUUAAGUGAAGAGGAUAUAGGCCUAACCAAUGAAUUUCCACAGUAAAAAAAAAUGAAGCGCAUCAUGAGAUGACAGGCUACACUUUGUGGGCUCCCCAAGCUGCGCUCCCAGUCCCUGUGGGUACGCAGCUCAAAUCUCCCCAAUUUAUUAAACUUUUUAAGGACAAGAAAGUGAUCAAGCCAACAACAUCAAAAUAACAACACAAUGUAAUAAUGCAUAUUUUUUUUAUUUUGGUUAAUAAAGAAUUCUAGUCGAAGCUGUAAACUGCAGUGAGCUGUAAACCACUAAAAAGCUCUGCGUUCUGAAUGCAUAUUUCAUUCCCAAAUAAUAAUAAUUCGAUUAGGCAACCAUUUGGGUCAGUAAUGAGUAUUUUCUCUACAGUUUACAAGGUCCAGAAAGGCACAUUAGCAGCCAGUCAGUGUAUAUUUUGUCAGGAUGUUAUCAGCGUUCACAGAUACUAUUGGAAAAUAUGGCCUUGGCAUAUUGAUACGCUCUGUUUGUUGUGGAUUAUAAUUCUCCUAAAUUCUCCUAUAAUUAAUGUUGCCAACAAUAUGCUCACAUGCCCAGUUCUCCAGGCAAGCUUACCGUGCACUCCUCUCCAAGCUGCCUCGUGUACCUAGGACUAAGAACACUUCAAUGGAACGCAUUCUUUGAUUUCGUUGGAGGGACAGGGAAAAAAUCACUCUGAAAGUGAUCCAAACGAUAGCUCUCGUUCUCCACUCUUUUUGUAGUUAUCGUUGUAGUAUGAAUGCUCCUGUUCACUUGAAUUAGAUUUUAUUUUAUUUUUUAUUGUUAUGGUUAUCAUGCUUGGUGUGGACGGCCCUUAACUCUGGUCCCAUCAUUCAACGACCACAAGAAAUUGUAUCUGCUUCUGUGUUAGAGGAACUCACACUGAUGCCCUGGAACAAAGCUAGCUAGCACAUAACUAAGUAGCCUCAGAAAUCAGCUAGCUAGCUUCUCGCUUCUUCUUGACCUGAUAGCUAACCAGCUUGCUGCCAUCUCCAGUGGAGGCUAUUCCAUUCACCCAUCAUGACAUGACAGCUGUUUUCUUUUUCCCUGCACAGAGGGACGUAGACGAGAGGCAAUUACUGCUGCCACCUGUCUAACAGAAGCCUUGGUGGACCACCUCAAUGUCGGGUAUGUAUGCCCUGUUUGGAACUACUGUUUUAUGUGCCCCAUUUUAUGUCCUAUUGGUUCGAGUCAUUCAGCUGUUCAACUCAGCCAAUUCAGCUCAAAUGCCUUGACACGUGACAAAUUAGACCUAUGUUGUAACCUGCAUUGAAAAUGUGUUGCUACAGUCAUCUAUAUGAGUAGCCUUGGCUUAUUAUAACAUGUUAUAAUAGAAGAAUGCCUGCCAAUCGAAACCUGUGGAGCGAUUUUAAAGUUCAUCCUGGACUAAAAAGCAUUUCAUGGAGAUUCUCAAUUGAGUUGGGUUUUCAGUCCAGGACUAGGCAUAAUCUGGGUCGGGGAACGACCCUCUGUGUGCUUAGCUUUCAAUCACUGUGUUAACCAAUGAUGGCAUGUGACUCCACAGCACAAUGUACACUGGUAAUAUUGAAUCAUUAUGAAAGUUACUUAGUGGCGAACCCAAGAAAAGCAGCUUAGUGAGCAACAGUUGGACGUGACCACCAUUGUUGUGCCGCUACGUUCUACUGCAGUGAAGGAGAGGAGGAUAAAGUCAGGUGUUUCAACAUUUCUCUCUCUUUGAGAUUUAACGUUAAGGAGUCCAUAAGGACAUCAUUUUACACUUUCAGGAGCUGUCAGUCUACUUUCUCUUCAUUUUACAAUAUCAAAUGGUAUCUUUGCCCUUAAGAUGUCGUCAGAUCAACAUUCUAUUGAAUAAUGGAACUUAGUUAGCUUCCAUCCUUGUGUCAAUCUUUGAAAUCAUUUUCUGAUCAUCUCCUAACUCUUGCGGCUUAUACCGUCGCUAUACUCAUCUGUAUUGUGUUAUAACAUCUUAUUGUAAGUAACAUGUUUUUAACAGGUGCUAUACAUCUUAUAGCCUACUCUUCUUCCAGUUGCUGUGUGUGAUGUUUUAAUUCCAGGGUGGCCAAGGCGUAUGUGAACCAGAGGAAGCUGGACCAUGAGGUGAAGACGUUACAGGUGCAGGCCGGACAGUUCUCCAAGCAGACUGGCCAGUGGAUUAGUAUGGUGGAAGGCUUCAACCAGGCCCUGAAGGUAUACACACACACACACACACCGUCAACCCUAUAUGGUCUUAGAUUAGUAACCAACAUCUCUAAAUCUUUUGAUGGUUGGUGAGUGGUGGCAGACCCCCAUAUUAAUGAGUGUUUUAAAAGAUUUCAGGAGAAGUGGUAUGGGGUAUUUUCCUUUUGCGACAAAAACAAAGUAUCUUUACUAUCCCUAGAGGCAUUGAAGUUGGAUUGAACUGUUCCACUCCUUUUUUUGAUGUAACAUGAGCUCUGUCACCUAUCCAGUGAAACAUUGUAAUGUUCAAAAUAAUUAUAUAUAUAUAUAUAUAUAGUAUUCCCAGCCACCGUCACAACAGGAGGCCUUUUGCCAGGCCGUCAUUGUAAAUAAGAAUUCCUUCUUAAUUGACUUGCCUGUUUUAAAAAGAGGUUAAAUAAAAAUAUAUAUACAAUUUCCGUUACAUUACUGUAGGCCUCAAGCACAUCAAUAUGUAUGUGACUCACACAGAUAGCUACUGUUCUACCAAGACCGCUCGGCUGUAAGUCAAUCUCUGUGCUGUGUCUUUGUUAGCAUAGUGGAGGUAAAUCCAAACUCUGGUUGUUGAACAUCAAACACAACAUUCCCUCUCUCUGGCCUUCUACAAUGUUCUGUGAAGCUGGUGCAUUGUGCUUGUGUCAUAUACUGCAAACUGAGAAAAGAAAGUGUCACUAGCCUGAGGGACCUUGGCUUGGUCAGGGAGAGAGAGGAGAGGGAGAGAGAUGUUUUGUCACUGUCAAAAUACCUCUGAGUCAUCUCAGUCAAAGCUAAUUUUUUGCUUUGUCAAGAGGAUGACUUUCAGGACCUUCUGACGAUUAAACGAUAUGAACCUCCAUCAUCAUGUCUGGUGCUCAUUCAUAAAGUUGACAAUACCACCCCCUUGUGGCCAUUACCAUAAACAUAUACUGUAUUUGGAUAUACAGGGGCUUCAGAAAGUAUUCACAACCCUUGACUUUUUCCACAUUUUGUUGUGUUACAGCCUGAAUGUAAAAUAGAUUCCGUUUAGAUUUUUUUGUCACUGGCCUACACACAAUAUCCCAUAAUGUCAGUGAUUUUUACAACACAUCACUGAGUACCACUCUUCAUAUUUUCAAGAAUGGUGGUGACUGCGUCAUGUUAUGGGUAUGCUUGUCAUUGGCAAGGACGAGGGAGUUUUUUUAGGAUAAAAAUAAACAGCAUAGAGAUAAGCACAGGCAAAAUCCUAGAGGAAAACCUGGUUCAGUCUGCUUUCCAACAUACACUGGGAGACAAAUUCACCUUUCAGCAGGACAAUUACCUAAAACACAAGGCCAACUACUAUACACUGGAGUUGCUUACCAAGAAGACAUUGAAUGUUCUUGAGUGGCCUAGUUACAGUUUUGACUUAAAUCGGCUUGAAAAUCUAUGGUAAGACUUGAAAAUGGCUGUCUAUUAAUUUAUCAACAACCAACUUGACAGAGCUUCAAGAAUUUUAAAAAUAAUAAUGUGCAAAUCAUGUACAAUCCAGGUGGGAGAGGAGGACUCUGAUAUUUGCGUUUUUUAACACCUGUAACAGCCAUUUCCUGCAAUCUAGAGCCUUAAAUGAUAACACCUGUUGUUUACGAAGCAAGUGAAGAAUAACAAUUUAUUUUAUUUGAUACUAUGGUUCUAAGAUUAAUUUAGCCUUUCCCAAGAUGCUUUGGGAAACCUGGCCCAGGUCAUUACCAGAAUAACUAAAACAGUUAUCCAUUUGUAGUCUAUAACGUGCAGGUUACUUAUUCAUGAACUUCUGGCAUGUUUAGUUCUAACCCUCCCCAUUGUAUCUUUAGUGUUGACCCCUAAUAAGGCCCUAACUUUUAUCUAACCUUUUUUUUUAUCUUUCUCUUGACCAGGAAAUCGGUGAUGUGGAGAACUGGGCACGUAGUAUUGAGAUGGAUAUGAGAACCAUCGCCACAGCUCUGGAGUACGUACAGAAGGGACAGCUCACAUCAGCCUCUUCAUAG